AUGGUGGCGCUGUCUUCGCUCAAGCGCAAGGCUUCCGGCGAUCUUGCUUCUGCUCGCCAACGCAAGCCUGCCGCCUCGCCCGUGCUUGCGCCCUCCCAACUCGCCAACACCCCGGCGCCAUCGAAUCUACACGACUCUGGUAACGACCGCGCCAGCACCUGCUCCAUCGUCUCGGUAGACAUGUCUGCGCUGCCGCAAACCGCCGACUACUCGGCCACACACGAAGCUGCGGUGGCUGCAGCAGCAGCUGCCGCAUCAGCCGCAUCAGCCGCAUCAGCCGCAUCAGCCGCAUCGUCAUCCAGACCCACGCCCGAUGCAAACAAAACAGCACCGCUACCGGCGCACGUGGCGAGUGCCAACUCGACGGGCACGUACAGCUCCGCCUCGCUGCCGCUCGCCAUCGCCGCACAGCAGCGCAAGCUGAGCGGGCGGUAUGCGCUCGCCGACUUUGCCGUGGAGCGCACGCUGGGCACGGGCAGCUUCGGUCGCGUGCAUCUGGUGCGCUCGCGCCACAACCACCGCUUCUACGCCAUCAAGGUGCUGCGCAAGGAACAGGUGGUCAAGAUGAAGCAGGUCGAACACACCAACUCCGAACGCGCCAUCCUCAGCAUCGUACGGCAUCCGUUCCUGGUGAAUCUGUGGGGCACGUUCAAGGACUCGACGUUUCUCUACAUGGUCAUGGACUACGUUCCCGGUGGUGAGCUCUUCACGCUGCUGCGCAAGUCGCAGCGAUUCCCGCAUCCGGUCGCCAAGUUCUACGCCGCCGAGGUGGCGCUGGCCAUCGACUAUCUGCACCAGAACAACAUCAUCUACCGCGACCUCAAGCCCGAAAACAUCCUGCUGUCGGCAGACGGCCAUCUCAAGAUCACCGACUUUGGCUUUGCAAAGUACGUGCCCGACGUCACCUGGACGCUGUGCGGUACGCCCGACUACCUCGCGCCCGAGAUCGUCUCGAGCAAGGGCUACAACAAGAGCGUCGACUGGUGGGCGCUCGGCGUACUCCUCUACGAGAUGCUCGCCGGCCAUCCACCCUUCUUCACCGAAGACGGCAACCCCAUCAAGCUGUACGAAAAAAUCAUCGCCUGCAAGGUCCGAUUCCCACCUUACUUUGAAACGGGCGUCAAGGAUCUGCUCAAGAACCUGCUCACCGCCGACCUCAGUAAGCGGUUCGGCAACCUGCAUCGUGGCAGCAAGGACAUCUUUGGCCACAUGUGGUUCGCAGAGGUCGAUUGGGACCGGCUCUACAGGCGCGAAAUUCCGGCGCCCUACCUCCCCACCGUCACCGCCGACGGCGACUCGAGCCAGUUUGAGCGCUACCCAGAAAACGACGUGUCCGAAUACAGCCGCACCGAUCUCCCGGAUAACUUGGGCCAUCUCUUCCCAGAUUUCUAG